AUGCGCGUUGAGGUAAUGUAUACCAUCCAGGUUCACCAGACACUUCCAGACACCCUGAUAGCACCCUACCACUGCGACACGAGAAACUGGGCUACCCAGACCUAUCAUCUAAAGCAGGAAGAAUUGACUACUCGCGCGAACUUUUUAAUGGUAAUAUGUCAAAUUAGUCUAAGCUUGGAGUGCGACCGAUGCUCACAUGGUUAUGUUUUCGGAUCUGCAAACAAAAAGACUGACUUUUACAGCUUCCAGGGGCCUCAAAUUCAGAUUUCCUCUCACAAACAAAAGGUAUUGAGCUGUAUAGUGUACGAGGCGCUAGAUCGUCUCUAA